AUGGGUCACAACCAAUGCAUGUGGUGCAGUUCUUCGCGCUUGGAAGCGGCCUGCGACGGCCGAGUCGGGCGACACAUUCUUGUGCGAAGUUUCAGGCAGCUGUGCCCCGAGCAGCAAGAACGGGCCCGGCGUCUCGUGCCGAGCGUGUAUCGCAGCGUCUUCGACAAGCUCGUGUCGCAACGCGAGCGCUGUGCAGGAUGGUCCGGCAUUGCCUGCGUUUUCGCGCAGAGCGCCGCGGGUGGCCCCGCCAACCUGCACAAGACUCGGCGCUGCUGCUUGCUUUGCGAUCCGCCGCGCCUGGCAGAAGAGUGCUCCACCAUGACCGGCCGCGGCAAAACAUUGGCGAUCAUACGUCGAAUGGCCUGUGGCGAGAAUUCCACGAGAACAUCGCCGGCCACGACCGUGGAUUGGAUCGCAGCACUCGCCCGCCGACGAUCCCAUCGGGCACCGCCGACGGAAGCGGCCCGUGCCCUCUACCGAAAGCAAGUUCUGGACGAUCGUGCCCGUGCUCGCCGUCGCUUCGGCGUCCUUGGCCGUGCCCCACGUGGCGAAGCCGUGGUCAACGACACCGGGCUUCCGCCGCCCAAGCGAGCCCGAUCGGAGCUAGCCGCGGAUCUUUACGAAUGGUGCGAGAAACGUUCCUGGGGCAUGUGUGCGGAAUGCUACAGCAUGAUUCCGCUGCCGCUGACUGAGAACGUCUUGAAGGGCCAGGGGCGGGACUCGCCGUACGUGUCCUCCAAGCAAUGCACGCGCUGUCGUGCCGCGGUCCCUUGUGCAGCGCCCCUACCCGACGAAGUCCCCGAAGCCUUGCGCGGCCUGACGGAGGAGAGCCUGCAGGCCUUGACCCACUUGCGCUUGGAUGUCGGGCCGGAAAUCCGAGCGUCGAACAACAGCGGAUAUCGACAACACGCUACAAUGGCGCGCUUCUUUUGGCAGUCGUCCAGCACCUCUGCGCGCAUUCGAGCGAUCCAGGAUGCGGCGCAGCGCCAGCGCGCCCGCGCAGCCAAGAAGUAUCUGCUGCAAGCCCAGGGCUGCUCUUAUGGCCGCUUCGAAAGCCAGCACCUAACUUUUCUGUCCAAGCACCCUCACCCGGAAGAACGAACUUGCCGUCGACGUCUGCAGUUCAUUGAAACGCCUGGACUGGAGACCUCCUUGUGGCCACACCUCUUCUACAACGAUUCCUUGUGCCUCACUGUGGUGCGCUCCACCGAUGCCCGCCGUGUGGGCCGCGCGCGAGGCCCAACCUUGGAGGCUUUCGUCCGUGGUGACGUGGGUUCGGACACAGACGACGAUGAGGAUGCAGACGGCCGGCGGCACAGCGUGAAACGUGCUUACUCGGCUUUGGCCUUAUCGGCGCGCCUGGGCUACGGAAGCAGUUACGAGGUGCUGCAUUUUGCCUAUGAUUUGAAUCUCUGGUCUGCCCUGGGUGCAAAGAAGACGACGCGCGUCCAUUGCGCGCUUCUUGACAUGGUCCGCCAGGUCGGCUACCCCAAAAUCUUUUGGACCAUCUCUCCGUACGAAUGGUCCAUGCCAUACCACGUUUGGCUUCGGGGCGAGAUGGCCAAGGAGUUACGAGGAAGAUUGCAUCUGGCAGUCGCCGAAAGCCUGCAUGUUACGCAUGUCCUGUUGCAGGUUGUGCGCGGCGUCUUGGCGGGCCGGACGGGCAAGCCUUCCAGAGACCCUUGGCAGCGCCACCUGCUGCAGGCUGUCGGUCCCGGCGGGGAGGUUCAUCCCGUCCACGUCUUCUUACGGGUUGAAUUUCAGGAUGGCACCCGGAAGGCCCCCACACAAGACUACCACGGCUCCGGUCGCCCGCACAUCCACGUGCUCGUGUUUGCGUCCACGCAAGCCGUACAGUGCAUGUCGCUCCCCGACACGGUGUCCGCCACCAUGCCGGCGGCCGUGGACGCCCAGGAUCUCUUGCCGGGAUUGGUGCGUGGCUCGCAACUCGAUCGCUCGGGCCGCAGCGGUUGGCCUGCACGGGAAGCCCCAAACGGGUGGAACCCAGCUACGGGUGGCUUGCAACUUCUCCACACGCCCGAGGACCAGGGCAUGGACGACGACGGCGCCCUGCGGGCUUACGUCGCCAAGUACGUCAGUAAGUUUAGCGACUCAAAUCAAGACGAGUGGCUGAACGACGCGGCGGAAGGCGACAGCAUCGCUGCAACGGUUUUGUGUCGGUACAAGCCGCUGGAACCGGAGAUGACCCUGCAAAUGUUCGGUGCACGCUUCCGCCAGUGGUUCGUGACCACGGAAGGCCGCGGCAAGCGCGACUUCGUCGUGCCUUGGCCAGAGAAAGCGGAGCUGCCCCAAGAAGUGACUCAGUACAUGUCGGCCGAUUGGGCCGCAGGGAGAAUCAGCCUGCUCGACUUCUUGCGUAAAACAACCGCUGAAGGGCGAAUCUGUGCCUGGCUACGGCGGCACCACGUGGCCGAUUCCCGCGGUCUCUCCCUCGAAGAGUUUGCGGCUCGAUACGUCGUCCGCGGCGAGAAGCUGGUGGCUGCGGACAUGUUGUCUCGCCUCAACGACAAGUUCUACGGACAGUGGCUGAUGCUGCACGUGCCUUUCCGCGAUCCUGAAGAUUUCCACGUGCCGCUCGCAGCAGCGCUGGACCGCGUGCCUGCAGAGCACCGCAACUUCGCGAUGGCAGCGCUGUCGCGGCCCUUCGUGGCGACUCUGCUGGCCAUGACCACGGCGCACCGUGCGCUGGUGCACAAAUACUUGGCCGGUGAGGUUGACGUCCAUGCGGAGGAGCGCCGACGGGAGCGUUUGCGCGUCCGUCCCGAGGCAGACGCAUCGUCGCAGACGGCUUUCAAUGCGGAGCAACGGCACCUGCAGGCAAAGCUCGCUGCGGCUGUGGCGCGUGCCCUGGCCGUCCAGCACGCCACGACUGAGGCGGAAUCAGACCGGCUUUUGGAGAAGGCCUAUGACCACGGAAAGAUCUUCGUCUGCACCGGUGGACCGGGCACUGGAAAGACGACGACGGCCCUCGCCGCUGUCCAACACACAUUGGAUUUGGGAGGCGAAGUCCUGUUCACUUACCCCACGAACCGCCAGGCUAGCCGCAUGCGUGCCAAGCUGCCGGCCACGGUGGCGGUGGACACGUUCCACGCGGCAUUUGCCUUGGACGAGCCGCCCGGAGCCGUCCUGCCGGCGCUGGCCCGAUACGCACUCAUCGUGGUGGAUGAGCUUUCGCAGUUGCAACAGCCGCACUUCGAACACAUCUGCAAGCUGUGGAGUCAGGCUGACAACCUUCCCGCGGUGCUCACGGCCGGCAACGAGUUGCAGAUGGCCGGCUUCGGCCCGACGCGUGCUUGGCACAGCCCGCUCUGGAAGCGCAUGAUCUACAGGGUCAAACUGCAUAAGACCUAUCGCUGCAAAGACCCGGCCUUCAACCGUGUCUUACAAGAGCUCCGCACCAGCCGUCCCGGCGCGAAGACUCUGAAGUGGCUUCAAGGGCGCAAAGCUUGGGCGCCGCCACAGACUCCCUCGGUGGAUUGCAUUCGGAAGCUCCUCAAGGCUCACCCGAGCACGGUGGUCUUGACCUGCACACGUCGGGGUGCUCACAAAAUCAACGAGCUAGCCCUGCGGGCCCUGUUUCCUCGCUACGAUCCCUUGGUCGUUCUCCCUGCGGAUGUCGAAGCCAAUCCUGCGAACUACGCGGAUGGCGUGCUCCUGCAAGACUUCGCCGCGCUGCAGCCCUUGCCGUUGCCGAUCUUUCGCGGCAUGCGGGUGGUCUUCACGCGGAACGUUCGCAAGGACGUCGACUUCGUCAACGGUAUGGACGCGGAAGUCGUCGGUUACGAUACGUCUGCGAAGGCAGUCGAGGUGCUCACGACCACCCAGCACCGCGUGGUGGUGUGGCCUUGGACGGACCCAGACCUCGGCAACAUCACGUACUAUCCCCUGAAGACAGGCUACGCGGAUACCAUCAUCAAAUUCCAAGGAGCCGAGCUCUCGCACGUGACGGCGUAUCUCGAUUGCCCCGGCGUCCCGGGUGCUGCGUAUACUGCCCUCAGCCGAGUUUCCUAUGGCCAGGACCUCUUGAUUGGCGGGGCCGUCACGGCGGCGCAUUUCCAGCCCGUCGACGAGGCCAAAGAUGAGUGA